AUGACUGACUUUACUAAUGAAUUAAACCGUGUACUACUUGCCCUUAGUAACCACGAAAAUGUAAUUCUCACUGGUGAUCUCAACGCCAGACAUCAAGCUUGGGGAGACAGAUUAAGCAAUGCCAAAGGUAACAUAGUUGUCAACGAAACAAUCAGCACAAACCUACAGUGCGUCAACAACGGAGCCAUCACCCACCUCACCAACAAUAGCACAGGAAGUGUAAUCGACGUAACAUUUACAAACAUCAGCAGUAACAGUAGAAAGUGGACAUGUCACCAAGUACACCUAGGGGGCAGCAAACAUUUCCCAAUCACCAUCGAAAUUACUAACACAGGAAAGAAACCCAACUACUUCAUACCCAAACAGCGACUUGCUCAGGAAAUAUCCAAGAAUAACAUCGACAUGUCAAUAGCUAACUGGACUUACAACUUCUUCUCAAAAAGGACUCCCACCUUAGGAAACCAUACAGUUGAAAUUACCUCUGGCCUCCCUCAAGGAAGUUGUUUAUCGCCUACACUUUUUAACAUUUACACAGCCCAGCUUCACGAAAUAAAUGAUACCCAAACACAACUCUUUCAAUUUGCCGACGAUCUAGCCAUUAUAUCAACAAAUACUAAUAAAAUUACAGCAGCACACAAUUUGCAAAACAAAAUUGAAGAAUUACAGAUUUCAACAUACUAGUCAACGGCACAAACAUUGAGCAAGUUCUACAUUUUAAAUGGUUAGGAAGGACAAUCAGCGCCAACUCCACAAUCAAGGCUCACGUCAGCAAUGUUAAAAAAGCAAUAACUUCUGCAUUUGUCCGGUCAAAGGCAGAAUACGCCAGCACCAGCUAUGCCAAUGCGCCGAAAGUAUACAAUAAACAACUGCAAACCAGCUUGAAC